CAUUCCUAGUACGUUCACCCUAUUCGGUGUGCAAUUUGGUUCAUUUCUAUCUCCUUCGCCAUCCUAGAAGUUUGUAGCCGCUCCUUGCUUGAGUUCUUUGGCUCUGAUGAUCACUCUUCGCCCUUCUCGGGCCAGAUCAUUACAUUUUUAAUCCGAAUGAAGUCUAUUGUAGGGCUUAUUUAGUUUGACAAUUCCAUAGCAGUAGUGUGCACGAAAUCUGAUUCAUCGGCUUUUCUUUUCUCGCAAUAGCAAACUGUGGGAGCAAAUUGCCCAGGAUGAAUUGGACGAAGAUGUUCGUGAUGGUGUCCUGCCUUCUUGCUAUGCUUGUGAUCGCAGAGCAGAUUUAUUCGUAUGUUUGCCUAUAUGACCAGCCGGAUGAUGCAGCAAAAUCGCCUCGUCUGGACUGUCCGAAAAAUUGUGGCAGUCUGAAAAACAUUACAUAUCCUUUUGGAAUCGGACCUAGGUGCUUCUUGGAUCCCCGGUACGAAAUCGACUGCCAGCAAAACCACGGUCCAGUACUCAAGAAUUUGAGCGUGGUGGUGUUAAAAAUCUCACGACCGGCUAGUUCAAAAUCCCCAGGCCUUAUUAAGGUCAGGCAGCCGAUAUCGUACUCCCAUCUAAAUUGUACGAGCAACCAGAAAAACGACGCCCCAGUGAACUUAACGGCCAGUGACAGCAUUUUCAGGUACUCCCUGAGAGAAAACUAUUUUAUCGCCGGAGGCUGUGACAGCCUGGCCUUGAUAGCCAGCGCUGAUACCCCCUGGGCGGUCGCAGGAUGCAAGUCUUCCUGCAGCAGAAACAGGGCUAUUGGAUUCGACCAGUGCUCUAGAGGUAUUGGUUGCUGCAUGACGUCGAUCUCCGACAAAAUCGGUGCAUACCACGUGGAAUUCAAGAGUCUCGGCUGGGAAGCCGUAGCCGCAGGGGAUGCAGAAUGCCGCUAUGCCUUCUUGGUCGAGAGAAAAUGGUGGCAUAAAGCCGAUUUGCAGAGUUUACCGCGGGACGUUCCAGUGGUGCUCGAAUGGGAGAUCACCAACGAUGAUUUCAACAUGGGGCUAUCCCACUGCAUCGCGACCUUUAGAAACGUCGGCUUGAGUGUCGGAGGCGGAAUAUUACCUGCUCUUCUUUGCUUCUUGUGUGUAUUCAUCAAUAGAAGGCGGCGGGCAAAGCUCAAGCAAAAAUUCUUCCUACGUAAUGGGGGACUUCUGUUGCAGCAACGCCUAUCUUCUAUUGAAGACAGUCACAUGGAGAAAGGUAAGUUGUUUGCCUUCACGGAGUUAGACAAGGCCACCGACCACUUUAACGAGAAUCGAAUACUAGGUCAGGGUGGUCAAGGAACUGUUUACAAAGGAAUAUUGAUGGAUGGAACGAUCAUUGCGGUCAAGAAAUCAAAAGUUGUCGAUGCAGGACAAGUCGAACAGUUUGUCAAUGAAGUCUUUAUUCUUUCUGAAAUUAAUCACAGAAAUGUGGUCAAGCUAUUAGGAUUCUGUCUAGAGAGUGAAGUGCCUCUUUUGGUAUAUGAAUUUAUCCCCAAUGGAACUCUCUACCAAUAUCUUCAUGAUCCAGAUGGAGAAUUUCCUAUUUCGUGGGAGACACGAUUAAGAAUUGCCAAUGAAGUUGCUGGGGCUCUUUCGUAUUUGCACUUUGCUGCAGCCAUACCGGUUUAUCAUCGAGAUAUCAAGUCGUCAAAUAUACUUUUGGAUGGCAAAUAUCGUGCCAAAGUGGCGGAUUUUGGAGCUUCCAGAUCGAUCACCAUCGACCAAACUCACUUGACCACAAUGGUGCGAGGAACCUUCGGAUACUUGGACCCGGAGUACUACCAAACAAGUCAAUUUACAGAUAAGAGCGAUGUCUACAGCUUCGGGGUUGUCCUUGUCGAGCUACUAACCGGGGAAAAGCCAAUUUCUCAGAUAAGGGCGGAAGAGGGCAAAAAUCUAUCCACAUAUUUCGUCAUUUCGAUGGAGGAGAACCGCUUGUUUGAUGUUCUUGAUAAGGAGGUAUUAGACCACGGCGAUAAAGAAGAAAUUAUUGCGGUGUCUAACUUGGCGAACAGAUGCCUAAACCCUAAUGGAAGGCACAGGCCUACAAUGAAGGAAGUGUCCAUGGAGUUGGAGCGUAUACGAUCACUACGAAAUCCGGUGGUCGUCCGGCAUAGUGAAGAAGAGAUCGAUCGCAUCAAAACUGGAUCUAUCUGCGGUGCCGCCUACACAUUGAUGCAAUCGGAGGCAAAUGUAGAGCUGACUUCAUGGUUCUACGAUUUGCCGAGAUGAAGAUGCAUUUGGUUGGUUGUGUCCAAUUUUCUACUGAUAAUGAAACCUGGCAAUCUCUUUA